AUGCGACGAGGAGUGAUAGAUUCUCCCCCGGAGAUUAGGGUUUCAGAGAGAAGAGAGAAGAUGGAGAGGUGCUUUGAUAGGGAGGGAGAUGAAAAUUACAAAAUGGCCGGGCCGGGUUUUAGGAAAUUCAUCAAUUCUGGCCCGAGCUUAGACUGGAUCACUAAACAAGGAUGUGAAGCUUGUCAAAGACAUGGACCGAUCCAGCAGGUUCCUUCGGUUCCCAUGAACCCAGUAGUCAAGCCAUGGCCAUUCAGAGGAUGGGCAAUGGACCUCAUUGGCAAGAUUUAUCCAGCCAGCAGCCAACAACAUUGUUUCAUCAUUGUAGCAACGGAUUAUUUUACCAAAUGGGUAGAAGCCAAGCCUGUUAAGUCUACCACGUCUCAAGAAAUCAUCACUUUCAUAGAGGAACAGAUCAUACAGAGAUUUGGUAUUCCAGAAUCAAUCACUACCGAUAGGGGAUCUUCUUUCAUAUCCGGAGAUAUGCUGAACAUGGCAGAAGCGUUCAAAUUUAAGCUACUCCAAUCCACGCCUUAUUAUGCUCAAGCCAACGGACAGGCAGAAUCAAGUAACAAAGUGAUAAUCAAUAUUAUUAGAAAAAUGCUUGAGAAAAAUCCAAAGCAAUGGCAUGAGAAACUGUCAGAAACAUUGUGGGCGUACAGAACUUCAAAAAGGGAAGCAACUGGCAUGACUCCGUAUGCCUUAACUUAUGGACACGAUGCAAUUCUGCCUAUGGAAAUUGCAGUUCAAUCCCUCAGAAUUGCUCAUCAACACGAACUAGUGGGAGAAGACUACAACCAGGCCAUGUUGUUAGAACUGGAAGGGUUGGAUGCAAGUAGGAUUGAUACCCUCAACAAACUCUUAGCAGGAAAACAGGCUGUGUCAAGAGCAUAUAACAAGAGAGUUAAAAACAAGAGUUUUGAAGAAGGAGAAAUAGUCUGGAAAGCAGUUCUGCCCCUCGGAACACAUAUAGCUGGUUAUGGAAAAUGGUCACCAACUUGGGAAGGACCUUUCAUAAUUAACCAAGUCCUAGGAUUAGGGGCGUACAGACUACAGGAUCGAGAUGGAGAAGUCCAUGCUGCGCCAAUCAAUGGCAAAUGGUUAAAGAAAUUCUAUCCAACUAUGUGGGAUUCACAGGCUGUGCAGACAGAUCCUGGGAUAGAAAGGCAACAACUUGAAACUGUUGUUUGA